AUGCCGCGCACAGGCUCACUCACACCGCCCAUCCCCUCGCCGCCUCUCGCAAACCCGCAACACGCCCGCUCGCACCACACCUCGCCCCCGGCCUCACCCCAGCCCACCCAUCGUCCGCAGACACCGCUCGAGAACGACCAGGACCCGUUCCUCGCCCAAGUAGCGCGCAUCCCACUCACAGAGGAGGACAGGCAGGAGGGCUACGACGUCGAGCUCCUCAAUGCCAGACCGAGGGGCCGCUAUUCAUCCGACCUCGCCCCCGCCGCGGGCGCGAGCGACGCAGACCACGACUCGUUGCUCGGUGCGGGUGCGCUCGGAGAGAAGUACGGCGCGGGCGCAGGAGGAGGUGGACUCGGAGGGUCGGGCGCGCCUCUACCGCCGCGGGCUGGCUUGGGGAGUGGAUCGCACGGCGCGCUUGUACCCGGAGGAGGAGGAGGGUACGGUUCCCCCGGCAAGGAGUUUGGGUUGGACUCGAACGGUGGGUACUCGGGCACGACGGCGCAGAGCGGCGCGCGCGAACGGAAACCCUGGUUCCUACGACCACUGCCCCUCGUCGCGCUCGUCGGGUUCAUCGUCGCGUGCGCGCUCGCGAUCGGCCUCGGAGUCGGCCUGUCCCUCAAGCACUCGAACACGACGGCGUCCACCUCGAGGUCGUCCGGCAACAGUACCGUCUCUGGGUCCGGCUCGCGGUCGGGAAGUCGCACGUCGACGCGCACGCGGACGAUGACAACCGGCACCGUCGUCCCUUCGUCCCUCUACUCGUCCUACACGUCUCUCCACCCUCAAACCGACGACUCGACAACUGCCUCGCUCGGGUGGACUUCAACAGUCGGCGCAACCGCCACUGAAACGACUACCCUUCCCUCGGCCUUGACGAGCGUCCCUUCACCCGCUAGCGGCACGACUCUCGCCACCAGCGGAAACCUCCCCAUCCCAGCUGCGAGCGCGACGACUAUCAGCGGGUCAAUCACCAUCUCGGCGCUGACGGCGACUCUCCGCGCGCGGGCACCGCGGCAGACUAUGCGCUUCGAGGGGUGA